GAGAGUAUUACUACGCACCAUGCCGCCCCAACCCUAUCUCUCCCUAUGGCACCUAACACUACGAGCUCACAAUAAGGCAUUGAUCUACUCGGCAGCAGUAUCGGCCACAGCCUCCGCCCAGGCCCCACCUUCCUGCUCGCUACAUGGGAGGGGACAGGUGCAGAGUGUAAUGAGGGAAAUCAGGGAAGCCAGGCUUGUGUUACUGGUGGAACAGCAGGAGCUGUGCCCAUUGCUGGCAGCCAUUCCAACAGGAAAGACAGGCAGAACAGCAAGGGCUGGGCAGGGAGACAGUGGAAGUAGCUCGGAGUAGGAACCCCCAGUGCACACGCUAAAGGACAGUGCUACACCGCCUGCCUCUCUCCUCUGCACUACUUUGUCUGCUGAUCAGCUGGGAGCCUGGGGGUCUCAGCAUGGGGCUGACAGUGACAUCCACAGGGACUUCCGUUCUUACCUGGUGCCUCUUACUGAUUCUGCCGGUAGUUGUAUUUACAGACACCUGUGAGAAAGUGAAGCUGUAUGUACCUUCUGUAAUCUAUUCUGGACAUCUGAUUGGCAAAGUAAAUCUGCGGCAUUGUCUGGAUUCAGAUGCACUUAGUAUUCAGUCAAGCAAUCCUGAUUUCUUGAUUUUGGAAGAUGGGUCCAUUUUUGCACAAAAACGUAUUUCACUGGCUGGGAAAACAUGGUUUACAAUUCGACUCUUGGACUCUGCGACUUUGACUGAGAAAAAAAUCCGAGUGAAACUGAUAACCAAAACAAAGACUGCUAAAUCAAGAUAUGCAAGAGAGCUACUGAGACGUUCCAAACGAAGAUGGGCUCCUCUACCAUUUUCUAUUGAUGAAGGCUAUAUUGGACCAUUCCCAUGUUUUGUACAACAGAUCCAGUCCGACACACAGGAGAACUAUACUAUCAAAUACUCUAUAUCCGGACCUGGUGUGACCGAAGAACCAAUUGGCUUGUUUUCUAUAGAACCAGAGACUGGAAAUAUAUUUUAUACCAGAAGAGUAGAUCGUGAGCAGUAUCCAGUUUUCAAAUUAAUUGGCUUUGCAAAAACUUUGGAUGGCUAUUCACCAGAAAUUCCCUUAAAUAUAAUAAUCAAAGUUGAAGACACCAAUGAUAAUCCACCUAUAUUUGUAGAAGAAUCAUUUUGUAUUGAAGUUCCUGAACACACAAAACAAGGUGUAAUAAUAGGAAGAGUCAAGGCUUUGGACAAGGAUGAACCCAAUACCCUGCACACUACCCUAAGAUACAGUAUUAUUUCACAGACUCCUCCAUCACCUGUAAUGUUUGCUCUUCAUCCAGAGGCUGGGAUUAUCACUACAACCUCAAACAGACUUGAUAGAGAGAUUGCAGAUUCUUACGUCCUUAUCAUUGAAUGUCGGGAUAUGCCUGGGCAGCGUUCAUUUUUGUCCUCAACUGGAACAGUAUCCAUUACAGUUACAGAUGUUAAUGACAAUGCACCCACUUUUGUACAAAAGUCUUACCAGGUAGAAGUUAAUGAAAAUGAAAGCGGAAUGGUCAUCUUAUGCAUACCUAUAACCGACAGUGACCUGCACGACUCUCCCAACUGGAGAGCUAAGUAUUACAUCACUCAGGGAAAUGAGAAAGGAUAUUUCAGCAUAAGUACAGAUCCAAAAACCAACAAUGGAUGUAUUAAGGUUGAAAAGCCACUAAAUUACGAAGAAGCAAAAAGGAUUCAAAUACUGGUGGGAGUCACAAAUGAGGUUGAUGUUAUAAACUUUUCGGGAGUGAAAAGUUCUGGCAUGAGCACCAUCCCUGUUAUCAUAAUUGUUAAAGACGUUGAUGAAGGACCUGAGUUUAUACCAACUGUCAAAGAAAUAAGAGUUAGAGAAAACACGCCGAUAGGGACUGAAAUAUAUACAUGUCAAGCAAGAGACCCAGAAACAAAGAGCAAAGAAGGCAUACGGUUUAUGAAACAGUUAGAUAUGCUAAACUGGGUGAAUGUCGAUGCAACAACCUGUCGGAUAACACUGGCCAGAAUCCUGGAUUAUGAAACCGAUCAGUCACUGAGACACCAGCAAAAUGUGACUAUCAUUGGGGUGGAUCAGAGUGGCAAGACUGGUACUGGCACAAUUAUAAUACAUCUGGAAGAUGUUAAUGAUAACUAUCCAAACAUUUCAAGGGCUGACACAACUAUUUGCCAAAAUGGCAGGACCUAUAGCCUGGUUAUGGCCGAAGACCGAGAUGGAGUUCCGAACUCUGCACCUUUCAUAUUCAGAAUUGAUUCUAGCAAUAACCCUGACCUACAAAAUCAGUUUAAAGUAGAAAGAAUUAAUGAUACAGCCAUUUAUAUAAGAGCCGAUGGUGUUCCAGAUGGAGAUUACCAAAUUCCGCUAAUUGUUACAGAUCAGCAAGGCUACGGCCAAACACAGAUUAUGAGGAUUAAGAAGUGCUAUUGCCCAGAUAAUAUUAACUGUGCUGGUUUUCUGGACGGCAAAAAAGGCAUCUUUGCUGCUCUUGGUGGAUGGGCUAUUCUAGUGAUGGUGCUGUCUGCAUUGCUCUUUGCUCUGCUCUUAUGUGGUUUGUGUGCUUGCCUCUGUGGCGCUGCUGCUACAAAGGGUAAAAAGAGUUUUCCUGAUGAUUCAGCACAACAAAAUCUAAUUGUAACCAACACAGAGGCACCAGGAGCAGACGUGAUGGAUUCAAAUUUCAAAAUUCCUGUUCAUGUAACAAAUGCCCACCUUAGUGGAAAUGCUCCAUCUGUCUCAGGUGGCAAAGGACAAGGGGGACAAAGUGGAAGCCAGGUUAUACAACAAACUGUCCAUACAAGAAAAAGCACAGGGCAACUAAACACUGUGGAGGAUAACAGGGGUGUCUAUACCUUAACUUCUAUGGGAGGAGGAGGAGGACAACAGUUGUUUGAUGCAAACAGAGUUAACUAUUCAGAUUGGCACAGUUUUAUGCACACCCAGCUUGAUGAAAAAUUAUACAUGUGCGGACAGAAUGAGGAGCAACAACAUGGCGAUGAUUAUGUUCUGUCCUACAAUUUUGAAGGAAAAGGGUCUGCGGCAGGAUCUGUUGGAUGCUGCAGUGAUUUUCGAGAUGAGGACAAAAUGGACUUUUUAAAUCAUUUAGAGCCAAAGUUCAGGACAUUAGCAGAAGUUUGUAGAAAAAAGUAAACGUUUCACCAAAUAUUGAGGAAACAGCUGUAAACCAUUGAAUUCCUGUACAUAAAGUAACCUCAGUAAGUUUGGGGUUUGUUUAGGUUACCAUCCAUGAAAACAAGUCUGCUGAAUUAAAGGGGAAUUCAGCAUU